AUGAGCCCCGACAAAAAAGAAAAAUGGAGGUGCAAAGUUUGCCGUUCUAAGAACAAUCGUGCUGAUAUAGACGGGGUCGAUGCUAGCUCUGACUCGAUUUCGUCCUGCGAAACCACGACACUCACGGCGCAAAUCCUGACCAUCAACGAAAAGCUAGAUUCAAUACUUUCUCUGAAGGCUAGCGUAAAUUUACUGCUCGAGCUUCCCGCAAAGGUGAAUGAGCUCUUGCUCCUCAAGCCUACCAUAGAUCUCAUGAAAGUGACUGUGGAGGAGGUUCAAACUUCCAUUUCCUUCCUAGGAAAGAAAUACGAUAGCCUCCUCGCCACGGUGUCUGCUCAUGCGACCGACAUGAACGAGCUGCGUACGGAAGUGGCUUCACUAAAGGACACGGUUUGCGAACAGGCACAUACUAUCCAAAGCCUCCAAGCCGAGAUGAACGACGCUGACCAACGCGGUCGCCAACAUAUUAUGGAAAUUCAUGGAAUGACCGUCAAACCCGACGAGGCUCUCCCUUCCAUCUUAGCGGGGCUGGCAGACAAGCUAGGAAUUCCGGGACAUCAACCAGCUGAUGUCGUGUCGGUUUUCAGGCUACCAGGCAAACGAUCCAUAAAACCACCUAUUUUGGUCAAGUUUACAUCUGUAGCCACUAAAGACAAAUGGAUGCAAGCUCGUAGCAAGCUCAGGCAAUUUUCUCGGGACAAUCCACCCGAAAGACUGUAUUUCAACGACAGCUUAACUCAGACCAACAGAGAACUUUUCUGGCAGCAAAAGAAACGCAACCUCAAGAAACAGGUGGAAAGACAGAGGAGCUUCAGAAGCUACGAGGAGUGCCAUGUUGCCGACCUGUCCUACAUCAACAAACCAGCAGCAGAGGAGCAACAUUCUGCUGUCUUCCUGCUUGAGCAGAUUUCAUACUUCAGGUGA